AUGCACGCGCCAUACAACAACAUCUCACAUCUGCGAAUCGUCUUCUCCCAAUCUCUUAUCACUGACAAGGUCCUUCACCACUCCUACCCGGGAUCCGGAACGCCCGAAGAUCCCUACCGCAUCGAAUUCAUCCCACACGAUCCACGAAACCCAAAAACAUGGAAGAAGUGGAAGAAAUGGCUCGUCACAGUGACAUGUGCCGUCGCGACUUUAGCAGUAACGUUUGCCUCGAGUGCGUUCACUGGUGGGAUCACGGAGAUGAUGGAGGCAUUCGGGGUUGGGACGGAGUUGAUCACAUUGGGUGUCUCUUUGUUCGUAUUGGGCUUUGCGAUUGGACCGUUGCUUUGGGGCCCGCUGAGUGAGCUUUACGGGAGGCAAAUUUUGUACUUCGUGACAUUUGCUGGUUUGACAGCGUUCAAUGCUGGUGCAGCUGGAGCGCAGAAUAUCCAGACUCUCCUCGUACUCCGGUUCUUUGCGGGCGCGAUUGGUUCGAGUCCUCUCACCAACUCAGGCGGUGUCAUUGCAGACAUUUUCGACGCGAACGAACGUGGCCUCGGAAUGGCAAUCUUCUCAUCUGCCCCUUUUCUCGGUCCCGCCAUCGGCCCCAUCGUAGGCGGCUUCCUUGGUGAGACCGAAGGCUGGCGCUGGGUUGAAGGUCUCAUGACCAUCUUCACUGGCGUCCUUUGGAUCGCAGGAUCACUCAUAAUCCCUGAGACCUACGCCCCCGUCCUACUACGUCGCCGAGCCGCCAAACUGAGCGAGAUCACCGGAAAGGUGUACCUCAGUCAGUUAGAUUAUGAUAGGGGAAAGCAGACUUUCAGUCGGACGAUGAGUAUCGCUUUGAGUAGGCCUUGGAAGCUGUUGAUCAGAGAGCCAAUUGUAUUUUUGCUUUCGUUGUAUAUGGCCAUCAUUUAUGGAACACUAUACUUGUGCUUCGGAGCCUUUCCGAUUGUAUAUCAAGAGGAGCGCGGAUGGUCGCAAGGCAUCGGUGCCCUUCCCUUUAUCGGCGUCGUUAUGGGCAUGAUGUCUGGCAUCCUCUACGUUAUCUUCUACGAAAACAAACGUUACGUUCGUGCUGCUAUCAAAGCUGGUGGCAAGGCGCCUCCGGAACAACGCCUUCACCCGGCCAUGGUCUCUUGCCUUGCCCUCCCCAUCGGUCUAUUCUGGUUCGCAUGGACAAAUUCUCCAUCCAUCCACUGGAUUGUCUCCGUUAUCGCCACCGCUCCCUUCGGUUUCGGCAUGGUCCUCGUGUUCCUCUCUGUCUUCAACUACCUCAUCGACUCCUAUGUCAUAUAUGCCGCUUCCGUUCUCGCCGCCAAUUCCGUCCUUCGGUCCCUCUUUGGUGCUGCAUUCCCACUAUUCACGACCUAUAUGUUCGAGAAUCUGGGGAUCCAUUGGGCGAGCACUGUCCCGGCGUUUCUGGCAUUGGCGUGCGUGCCCUUCCCGUUUCUGUUUUAUAGGUAUGGGUCGGAAAUUAGGAAGAGGUGCAAGUAUGCGGCAGAGGCGGAGAGGUUCCUGAGGGAUAUACAAGCGGAAAAGGAUCCAGAGGAGCAACCAGACGAGGCCGAUAGAGAAACGUUGAGAGAGGAGAUUUCUGGGCGGGAAGGAGACCUGGAGAAGGGGGAAGGGAAUGUUUAG